AUGGACUUCCUGAGAGACGGUACCGAAUCCACUGCCAACCAGCAACCACCGACUGCACAUAGCAACCCCGCUGCCGCCACCGAACCUCGCUCGAACCCUUCCCCGUCACGAUACACCCUCCCAAACCGCCCCUCGCAACGCACCGACUCGUCCUCCUCCCGCAGCUCAGACCGCAAGCGACGUCUCACAACCGCCGACUCGCCCAUGAGGCGGCCGUCGAGCAUACGCAUGCACUCGGAAAGCGCGGGCGACUCAAGUGCGGAUCCCAUCUUGGUGGACUCGUCGCCUGCUUCCGUCCGCGCAUUACCUCCCACUCCGCCCGUCACAUCACAAGCGAACACAGGCACCAUGAGGAGACAAAGUGAUAUUGUGCUGCCGCCAUGGCAGCCGGACAACGAAGUCUCACAGUGUCCGUUCAUCGUGCAUCCGCCGUCUGAAAGUAUAGCAAACUUCGUCGAUUUGACAGGAGAAGACGAGAGCGCCAUGUCAACUUUCGGCCCGUUCCGCAACCCAGCGCUAGGCGGAGGCGAGGAAGUCCGCCCAACCCGGCCUCGCCGCCAAAUCCCCGAAGAAGACGAAUGUCCCAUUUGUGGCGAAGAGCUUCCUCCCAAGGGCCCUGACAACGACGAUUCAGACCGCACCCAGCACAUUGAAGAAUGCAUCGCCCUACACUCCGCUUCUCCAGGCCCAACAGCCGCAUUAACGCCGCAAACAUCUGCCAGCCUGCCCACUCAACGCACCCGCGGUAUGAGCAGUGCAGGUAAUGGUGAAGGCGCCAGUAACGCAAAUCGAAUGAGCCAUGCUGCGCGUGGAAUGUUUCCGUACGUCGCGACUGAGAAGGAUUGUGUUGAUGAAGAGGGCAGACAGGCCGAGUGCACGAUUUGUCUGGAAGACUUUGAAUCUGGGGACAAGAUGGCUAGGUUGGUUUGCUGGUGCAAGUUCCAUGAGACUUGUAUCAAGGAGUGGUGGGACAAGAAAGGCCGGGGUGCUUGCCCCACGCACCAGUUGCAGGAGUAG